AUGGAAUCGGCGCCGAUUCGGGUACCGUACCGGAAUCUCAAGAAGGAGAUAGAGGUGGAAAUGGUGGGUUUGGAAAUGGAGUCUCCUCCUUCUCCCACUCAUCCUCCUCCUCGGAUCCAGUCUCCUCUUAAUCCUAAUUCCAAUGGAGAUUUCAGAUCUCAAUCCAUCAAAAAUCAUAUUAGCUUAAUCCCUCUUGUCCUCAGCUGUACUGUCGCUGCUGGUGUUCAAUUCGGCUGGGCCUUGCAGCUUUCUCUCCUCACUCCCUAUAUACAGGCAACUCCACCAUCUUAUUUCUUGAUUUCAGCAUCGUCUUGGUACUGCAUUUCUUUAUAUGUACUAAUACUUGCUGGGUUUUGUUGCAGACACUUGGGAUUGGACAUGCCUUUUCAUCCUUUAUUUGGCUUUGCGGUCCUAUUACAGAUUCAACCUUGCGUUGGUAUUUGGAGUGAUAAAUGCUCUUCAAAAUUUGGAAGAAGACGGCCAUUUAUUCUUGCAGGAUCACUCAUGAUUUCUGUUGCUGUGGUAAUAAUCGGAUUUUCUGCAGACAUUGGAUAUGUAUUAGGGGAUACAAAGGAGCAUUGCAGUAAAUUCAAGGGCACUCGAACGAGGGCAGCUUUCGUCUUUGUUAUUGGCUUCUGGAUGCUGGAUCUUGCCAACAAUACAGUGCAGGGACCAGCCCGUGCCCUUCUAGCUGAUUUAUCAGGUCCUGAUCAACACAAUUUAUCAAAUGCUGUAUUUUGCUCGUGGAUGGCUGUUGGAAACAUUUUAGGAUUUUCGGCUGGUGCUAGUGGGAGAUGGAACAGAUGGUUUCCUUUCUUGAUGAAUCAAGCUUGUUGUGAAGCUUGCGGAAAUCUUAAAGCUGCAUUUCUUGUAGCAGUAGUCUUCCUCACUUUUUGUACUCUUGUGACUCUAUAUUUUGCGGAUGAGGUUCCACUAAAUGUUAAUCAACAACACCAUUUAUCAGAUUCUGCUCCAUUGUUGAAUGAUCCACAACAAAAUGGCCACGAACUUUCAAAAUCUGAGUCUCACAUGCCAGGUCUUGACAAUUCAAGUGGGAAUAGUGCCAACCAUGACUAUGAACUGAGUGUGAAUUCAAAGCACGCCAACUCUGUAGAGGAUCGAAAUGAAAAUUUCAGUGAUGGACCAGGUGCUGUGGUAGUCAAUUUAUUAACCAGUUUAAGACAUUUACCACCUGGAAUGCAUUCAGUGCUUGUUGUUAUGGCUCUAACUUGGUUGUCCUGGUUCCCAUUCUUUCUUUUUGAUACGGAUUGGAUGGGGAGAGAAGUUUAUCAUGGAGAUCCUAAAGGGAAUUCUAAUGAAGUGAAGUUGUAUGAUCAAGGAGUCAGAGAAGGUGCAUUUGGUUUGCUGUUGAAUUCUGUGGUUCUUGGCAUUAGUUCGUUCUUGAUUGAGCCAAUGUGCCAGAGGUUGGGGUCAAGAGUUGUAUGGGCAACGAGCAACUUUAUUGUAUUUGUCUGCAUGGCAGGCACUGCUGUUAUUAGUUUGAUAUCAGUUGGUGAAUAUUCUGAAGGAAUUGAACAUGUGAUUGGAGGAAAUGCACCAAUCAGGAUAGCUUCCUUGAUUGUAUUUGCUCUUCUUGGCUUUCCUCUUGCUAUUACCUACAGUGUUCCAUUUUCGGUCACAGCAGAGUUGACUGCUGAUUCUGGCGGUGGUCAAGGAUUGGCUAUAGGCGUUCUCAAUCUUGCAAUAGUUAUUCCACAGAUGAUUAUAUCCAUUGGUGCUGGUCCAUGGGAUGCGCUGUUUGGUGGAGGAAACAUACCAGCCUUUGUUCUGGCUUCUGUGUGUGCUCUUGCAGCUGGUGUUUAUGCAACUCUCAAGCUGCCAAAUCUUUCAAGCAGUUCCUUCAGUGGUUUUCAUUUUGGCUAA